UUCAGCUUUGCCAAAUAAGCAGUGCAUCUUUGCUGUCGUUGCAGGCAUCCACUUGGCAAAUCAUCAACAACGUGAUGCACUAGGUUUAGGGUUGCGACAAAGAGAAUUCCUUCGUACUGUCAGUUCCUCUCUGUAAGGCAGAGAACGAGCUAAUUGAAGGAAAUUGAGGGGUUUAGCGUUGUGAUUUUGAUCAUAGAGAAACGCCAUGACGAGGAGUGUGGUCGAUGGGAUGCGGAAAGUGAGAAUUUGUGCUACUCCGUGGUCUCUUACGAGCACGCGUAGAUACUCACCCCGAGCUAGCAAGACACUCAAUCCAGAACCUAAUCCAAAAGAACAAGGAAAUGCUGAAGAAGCGUCCCUUCCACUCCUGCAGAGAUGCAAGAAUAUUCUCCUCUCAAAUUGGAGAGGACAGCUAAGUACAGUCAAAGAAGGUUGGAUGAACGGAGCGUCCACGGGUCUAUUUCGCAAUACUCGGUGGUGGCGGGACAGACUUUAGUCUGGAUUCCAAAAAAUGACCCUCAUGAAUCGAACUUUUUAAUGGACAAUAGAGGGUCCUUGGUUAUCGGACAUACGGAUCCUACACCACUCGUCCAUACCAUGAGAAGUGUUGGCCAUGUACCACCCCGCACCAUACUUCUGGCAGAGUUUGAUCCUGUCCCUGACUACGAGAUGGAAUACGUCAAAAAGAGGGUGGUCAAAUUGAUGUCAUCUACUAAACAAGCAAUCGAGAAUGCAGGACCUGCUACACAAAGUUUCUUGAGAGAUUCAGGAAAUUCUUUGAACGCGAGAUUAAGAGCUCUCGAUGCCAUGGCACACUCAAAAGAGAAAGAUUUUAGCGUCUAUCGGCUUAGUCUCAAGACUUGUCACUAUGUAGAUCUUCUUGGUGGAAGACACCCAGUGGAAGCCAGUGACCUUAUGGGAGCUGUAACUGACCAUCUUUGUCCCUUGUCGUCCGCUCUUAUUGAGGGUGUGAAUCAAAGUGAUAAUAGAAGGAUGGCUCUUAUCAUGUUUUGUGCCGUUUAUGUCCAAGAGCGUGUUCAGGAUGCAUACAUUUUCUCGGCGGACAGAUGGGGAAUCAAUAUCCUUGCGAAGACUGCUGCAAAACAUAGUGACGAGGAUAAGAACAGCACUACUCAGUCACCAGAAAUGGAGAGAGCAAAAUGGAGAGAGUUUCGGUUUUCUUUUUCUCAUGAAGUAAAAAACACAGAACAUUUUUGUUUGAUGCUUGCAGAGAUGGAGAAAGAGUGUGUGGAAGCUUUGAACAAGGCUCAGGAGUUGCUCAGUGAGCAAUGAAAGUCUAGGAAAUCGUUCAUCUCUGUUCAGAUACUUGCAGACAUCCCAGCGAGAGGAUGUGCUCAAUACGAGAUACAAGAGUUAGAUUUGAGGGAUUUGCUGGUAAGCCAGGAAAUUAUACAAAGUCAAAUGUGCGCUGAUUAGAAUAGUCAUUCUUUGUAACAAUGUAUCUGCUAUCAAGAGUACCAAUUAUUUUUGCAUAUAAGAACUUUUCCAGCUACGUCAGACUAGAGAACUUGUAUUUGUAGCAAAAACUUGGCAUAUUGAUUGCAAAUAUUACAAUACGAUGUCUAUGUAUGUAUAUGUACAUACAUACACAGACAUCGUUAUUGUGAUGUGGUCAUUAAACACGUGUUUCAUACGUGUUUCACGUUUUGUAUGAAACACAAAACGUGUUCGAGAAAAGUUCACCAACGUCCCUAACCUCUGU